UGUACAACCUGCAACAAAAGCACAGCGCACGAAUCCCUUUUCUAGCAUUGUAUGACAUGAUUUCUGGCGAUGGAUGGCACUUUUGACUCCUAGCAGCUUAUGGCAACUUUGAUGUCUGGCAAUGAAUGGCAACUUUGACUCUUGGCAACUCAUGACAUCUUGGAAUCAAAUCCUGCGCCUCAUAGCCACAACAUGGAGGCAAGACAGAAGUCGCAGAUGUUGGCAAUCGAGGAGGACAUCUGUGACAGUUUUGCGUCAGAAUCGUGAAACGGGGCAAAGGAUAUCCAACGAGAUCUCAUCAACGACCCUUCAGAAAUGAGAUGAAAACAGAAGGCUGUUCUAUCCCUGUCAUCCACUUGUCACAUACACAUCACCAGUACCCUGUCAAAAAAUGUACUUUGGUCCCCUAGCCAAAGUCCCGCUAAGUAUCAGAGCAUGCUACAUUUCCCAUUUCAUGUUAUUUUGCUUUCAUUUAUUGCGUUUUUUUUUGCUUGCGGUGAUGAGAAAGCAACAUUAAGACCAUCUUGAUGACACUGAAUUUCCUGUAUACAUUCCUCUGGUGUAAGUAGUGCCAUGCACAUUACAAUUGAAGCUGAAUAUUAAGUACAAUAUUAGAAUUGUUGGAUAAGUUAUAAGUCUCUGUUAGAAGUACCGUAUUGAAGAAGUAUGCAAGGUAGGAUUAAUAAAUUAAACCUUUAAUCUAUAAGCUACAAAAAUCAUGGAUGUCAUAAAACCAUUUGUCCAAUAUCUGUGAGCAUAUGGCAACUAUGCUUGGCCUUUGCCUUAACUCAAAAAAUGAAACCACUAGUAAGUAAGUAACUCAGUUAGCAGUUUUCUGGGUGCAUAUGGUAACCGUACAUUAAUUUGGAGUGCCCCAUAGGGGUGUAGUGCCGUCAGUGGACCUCAUGCGGUGCACUGUAGUCAUUACUUAAGGUUCUUUGCAGCUUGCCUUCGUCCCCUAGCUGCAACCACUUUCGUUCCUUUUACUGUACCUCCUUUCAUAUUCUCUCUCUUCAUCUUACUUUCCACCCUCUCCUGACACUCGAUCCAUAGUGCAACUGCGAGGUUUUCCUCCUGUUACACCUUUCAAACCUUUUACUGUCAAUUUCCAUUUCAGCGUUGAAUAAUUUCAUAAGUCCCAGUGGUUGGCCUUUGGCCUAAAUUCUAUAGUCAACUCAACUCAUUAAUUUGGAGUGAAAAAUCUAAAAUUAUUUUGCAACACCACUACGCAUCUCUUAGACUCGCGGCGCUGCGCUCGGUAUAUGAAUUAUUAAGGAAUUUCUCUUGUUAAAAUUUAUGCUUGUCUGUAUCCAUUUCUCAAAUGUAAAAUGUCAGUGACUGAUUCCUACUUUUAAGCAACCAAAAAAUUAUUCUAUUUGAAUGUUAAUUGCUCUUAUUUCAAUGUGAGCUGAACAUGCUCGUGAAACUGAAGCUGUUACAGUAUUAACAUUUAAAUUAAAAACAUUCACACUCGACACUUGAUCAUCAUUGAAUAGAGACCUGACUUCUCCACACUUAACACUCAUCUGUAAACUUUGAUGAAUUAAGAGAGCCAGUGAUAUCCAACAUUGCAACAUUUCACAUUCUUUCUUCCAUCUUACUUUCCACCUUCUGCAACAAUUGCUUCACAGUGCAGCUGCGAGUUCUUCCUCCAGUUACACCUUCCAAAGCUCUUUACUGUCCGUUUCAUAGGCCACAGCGCUUGGCCUGUGGCCUAAAUGGUAUAUUGUGCUCUAAUCUUCUAUUCCACUCCAACUGUGGGUAUCUUCUUACUUUUCUGUCCAAUUCCUUCAACUUGGUCCAGUUCCAUUUGGUUCUAAUCAUUUCCAGAAGACAUAAUUUUGAAUGUCGAGACUUCUGUUUCAGGUCCAGAUACAACACCCCACUCCACACCAACCACUGUCGCUGUGACAUCAGAUCCUCCAACAAUGGUGUCUUUAACGGAGCUGCCACCGGUAUCCCCAACAACGACUCUGGCUCCUACAAGCCCUCCAACAACAAUGGAACCUACUACUACUCAACCACCCACAACAGUGGAACCCACUACUACUCAACCACCCACAACAAUGGAACCCACUACUACAACCACAAUAGUGGAACUCACUACUGCAACUACGAUAGUGAAACCCACUACUACAACCACAACAGUGGAACCCACUACUACAACCACAACAGUGGAACCCACUACUACAACCACAGUAGUGGAACCCACUACUACUAAACCACCCACAACAGUGGAACCCACUACUACAACCACAGUAGUGGAACCCACUACUACUAAACCACCCACAACAGUGAAACCCACUACUACAACCACAAUAGUGGAACCCACUACUACAACCACAACAGUGGAACCCACUACUACAAAAGCACCCACAACAACAGCUCCUGCCUGUGACUUUUCGCAGUUUGGAAGUACCCACACCAUGCUGUUACCCCCGAAAGCGACCUGUACCGCCCACCUGAGUGGGGUCACUGAUGCUGACAAGGCCAUCAUCCUCGCGACGCACAAUAACCACCGUGUGACGAUCGCCAAAGGUCUUGAAACGAGGGGGGACCCUGGCCCCCAGCCAGCUGGGGCCAACAUCAGGGAACUGGUGUGGAACGACGAACUGGCCAAGGUGGCACAGGCUUGGGCUGCCCAGUGCCCCAACGGGCAUGAUUCCUACGCCAACAGGAGGAUCUGCUCCAGGAGUUAUAGUGUUGGACAAAAUAUCUAUUAUUAUUGGGGGUUCGACGCCAAUACUGCAUGGAAGAAUGCCAUAGACGCUUGGUAUGCAGAAGUAGUCGAUAUGCCGAGCUAUGUGGUAGACUCGUUCACGAGUUCCGUGCCCAGUGGAAGGGUCAUUGGGCAUUAUACCCAGGUCUUGUGGGCCAAAACCAACGAAAUAGGGUGCGGGGGUGUGCACUACAGCACCACACUGGGCGCGACCACCUACCCACAAAGCAAGAUCUACGUCUGCAACUAUGGCGAGGCAGGGAACUUCCUCAGCCAACCGGUCUACAUCAAGGGCACUGCAGCUACCCAGUGCCCGAACGGGGCAGUCUCUGCUACGUACCCUGAACUGUGUGCUUGAAGAAGGAGAGAGAGAGAGAGAGAGAGAGAGAGAGAGGGAGAGAAGAACUUUAACUGAAUUCCUGGUAACACCUUAAGUGAUGCUGGUAGGAAAUACUAUAUGUAUUGAUAUCUUAGUAAAUUUAUUCAUAAGUAUUCUGAUAUAUGUAUGGACGUCUUGAUAAAUGGGUUGAAAAGUGUACUAAUAUAUGUAUUAACAUCUUAGUAAAUAUAUUCAUAAGUAUACUAAUACAAAUAUUGAUAUCUUGAUAAAUAUAUUGAGAAGUGUACUACUAAUACAUACAUUGAUAUCUUACUAUUCAUAAGUGUACUAAUGUAUGCAUGGAUGUCUUGAUAAAUAGAUUGACCAAUGUACUAAUAUAUGUAUUGAUAUCAUAGUAAACAUACUGAUAAAUAUAGUAAUAUAAAUAGUGACAUCUUGAUCAAUAUAUUGAUAAGUACACUAAUAAGUAUAUUGAUAUCUUAGUAAAUAUAUUCAUUGAUAACUUUAAAAUGUGUUCUGCGUUUCAUAGUGAUACUAAUAAAACUGAAAAAAAAUAUACUGAAAAAUAUAUUAAUAUACUAAUGAUUAUGCUAAUGUAAUUUGUAAUGCACUAAAGACACUACUAAAAGUAAUUAUAAAUAUGCUAAUUAAUAUACUAAUAAGUAUAAUAAUGUAAUUGGUACUGAUGCUAAGAAUAUUAAUAAAUG